UAUAAUAAUUAUCUUCCUGAUGAGUACUGAUGGGACUAGUCGAUACUCGAAUACGAAUUCUCUCUCCUGCUCUUUAGUUGUCUCUUUGGUCUAUGAGCUAUCACGGUUUCCAAAAAAGUGGGUUUGUUUCGCCUUCCCAAAGCUAGGCCUCUGUUGUUACCCUUUGGUUUGGGGUUUGGUAUCCUCAUUUGAGGAUUUCCCUCCUGCGAGAGAUUGUAUGCGGUCUGCUAUGGAGAGCGAGGAUCUGAUUGCUGAUAUAUCUCCAGAUGAACAGAUUAUGUCAGAGGAUGAGGACUCUGACGAUUUGAUUACUGAGAUCACAGAGCCGGAGUAUAGCUCUUCAAAUAUACGUUGGUUAGUUUCACGAAAUUCGUCUUCCAACCUCACUUAAAGAUUUCAAUCAGGCGCUUGUAGUUAGAGUUUCAAUCUAGGUUGAUCAACCUAUUCGGACAGGGCUAAGAUUCAGUAGAGCUGGUUAGGAUGCUUUUUGGGUGGAAUUUUGCUUUUGCCAAACUACCCCUAUUCUAUUUUUGCUGUGGAAUUAUUGGAUAUAAUCGAAGGGCUUGCUCUGUUAAAAGAUCUUUUGAUCAAGGUUUUCAUUCCAAUUUGUUUCUGCAAUUACCGUUGUAGUUGAGGACAAAAUUCUUAGAGACUUUGUAUGGAGAGUGGAUCCGGCUUGGUAGUACAGCUGCUCGGCCAUUACCGCAUAUUCAGAUGCUUCUGGCUGCUAAAGUGAUACUUUUUAUGCAUGAACAAAGAGUGGAACCUUUGUGUUUUUGAAUCGAGAAUUUGAAAUCUGACGGAAGUGGAAAAUUCGUGGGUUAGCACACUUCAGUCCUUACUUUACCCUGAAAAUCAGUUCUUCCGGCGAUCUACAACAAAGAUGAACCAUGUUGGAGUGCUCCAAUCACUGGCGAAUUUGCUUCUCCGGGGUACUUAGUCGAAGCUACCAGAUCCUUCGAGAUUCACACUUGUGAAAACUACCAGUUCUGAUACUAAGUGUCUGGGUGGUUUGGGUGGGCCUGUCUUGCGACCCGAGACUCAAGCCGUUUUAUCUACAAAGGUGUCGUGUCAUCCAUCAACUAUUCACGUGUAAUCUAAAGGAAAGGAGUUGGUCCAAUCCAUAGAGAUUUCUGCUAAUAGGGAUACUGGUAUUUUUGAUGGGGCUGGGCUAGGUUUUAAUUCUACUGGGCAAUUUUUUUGUAGGUCUACCUUUCUUCAGACCUCUGCGAGUCCAGUGGCCCUGCUGGAUCUAGUGCCCCUUCUGAGUCGGGCCAUAUAGUGUCAAACAAUAUUUUUUGGGAAUAAACCUGGGCCUGAGAUGUCUUCGGGUA